UUGACCAGGAAUGAAGCCACUAGUUGGAUAGUUUUUGUUUGUGUUUAAAACCUAGGGUUUUAAUGGAAAGAUGUGCCCAAAUUUCGAAAUACAUGUAGAGUAUAUCAACUUAACUCGGCACUGGGGACGAGUGACAAGGACGACCCAACUCGGCACCGGGGCAUUUCCACUCGUCUGGACGAGUGGAGGAGUACUUAAUGAAAGCCCUGAGUGUCUGUGUACUCAUAUUCUUCAAUUUCUUGCGAUAAACCUAACGUAAAUAUUGGGCCAAGUGAACCGUAUUUAACGCUGGUCAUGGUGUGAGUAUCAGAUUUAAUCGAUUAGUAGAUCGUGUUUACCCCUGACUGGUGCAAUAAUGAAUAAAUUGAACAUCGUUCUGAAUUACCUCACAAUAUAACAAUAGAAAAGGUCAAUCCUCUUUAAUUUCUAGCGCUUUAAUUAUGGAUAAAAAAUUGAUUGCCUGUUGACUGCAUGAUGACUUGCCGCUAUUGAUUCAUAUUAUUUAUAUUUUUAUACAGUGUCAACAUGAAUUUAAGAAAAAGGAAACAAUCCUGGAAGGAAAAUGAGGAAGAAAUUGAUAAGAAUGGCCUUCAUCUCUAUAUCAAAACAUCAACAGGAAAAGGCAGAGGAGUCUAUGCAGGAAAGGCUAUUGAGGCAGGAGAAGACAUAUGUAGGUACCAAGGAAUGGUUCAGGAAACAGAUCCUGCAGAUGAGGAUGACACAUAUGUCUUUGAAAUAAAUUUUAAAGGAAAGAAACUAUGGGUUAAUGCAACAAAAGAAGAUGACACAUUUGGAAGGCUGAUCAAUGAUAAUCAUAAAAACCCAAACUGUAGAGCCAAGGUUUUCGAGUCUGAUGGUCAGCCCCAAAUUGUGUUUAAAGCCACAAGAUACAUACAAAAAGAUAAGGAAAUUUGCUACAACUAUGGACCAGGCCCAUAUCCAUGGCGAACAAAGAUGAAACUUUCAACUUCAAGGAACCUUCUCCAAUAUUUGCUGUAACAUCAGGGUUUGAUGUUCCUGAACCGAUGAAGAGUUGCCUGAAGAAGUUUAAGCUGGAGUUCCAGAAAAGCAUAAACAAAGAUACAACCCAUGUUGCAAUGCAUACAGUUCCAAGUGCAAGUCAAGUCUGCGACCGCAGUUUAAAAUUUUUGAUUGGAAUCUCAAAAGGGCUUUGGGUGGUUAACGAUGGGUGGUUGACUGACAGCGUGAAGGCCAACAGGAUCAUGCUAGAGGAUGACUAUGAAAUCAAAGGAGACAGUAUCAUUUCUGCUGAACAUGAGAGUCCCAGAAAGGCUAGGACUAGGUCGUCACCUUUGUUUCAAGAUUAUUCUUUUAUACUCCUGAAUUUCGAUGGAGAUGGGAAGCUUAGUCCAGACAACUGUUUAAAUUCCCAUGGCAAACGUACAAUGUUUAGAAAGGACUACUUGGUGUACAGGUGGACGACAGACGGCCGGAUAGUGAUUCGUAACAAUCAAGGAGGUCAUGCCCAUGUAACCAAGUUAUCUGAGCUGAGUGCAUACCCGGACCCACCAUUGCCGACCACCACUACGACAAAUCCAACUAUGUCUGCAGCCACCGCUAGCUCUGCUAUCAAGUCAAAUGCCAGUAUUAAUGCGCGUGAAACCACCAAAAUACCACCAAAGAAAUCAUUUCUCAAAGCAGCCAGAAAUUUUAACUCAAGAGCCCCAAAAUCAUCAUCACAAACUAAAUCCGCAACAAUGAGCGCAACAACCAAAAAUGCUACCCAUGGAAGUGGUGACUAA